AUGUUUAAGGAAAUUGACUACAUACUGGAGGGUCAAAAUGCUGAUCGCUUUGCUUCUCUCUAUGCUUGCAACUUCAAUAAUGAGAAGACGAGUACAGCUGGUGAUACUGUUGAAUACCAGAAAGCAAAUGGUAUUAAAGUUCCGAAAAUAUAUUGGAAGCUUACCCGUAAAGCUGUGCUUACUAUGGAAUGGAUUGACGGGAUUAAGCUUACAGAUGAAAUACGUCUAAAAAAGGCCUCUUUAAACCGAAAGGAAUUGAUUGACGAGGGGUUAUAUUGCUCUUUGAGGCAAUUGCUUGAGGUGGGCUUUUUCCAUGCUGACCCCCAUCCAGGAAACCUUGUUGCAACUGAGGAUGGAUCUCUUGCUUAUUUUGACUUUGGAAUGAUGGGAGAUAUUCCACGCCACUAUCGCGUCGGACUUAUUCAAGUGCUUGUGCACUUUGUUAAUCGUGACUCUCUGGGUUUGGCAAAUGACUUCCUUUCUCUGGGAUUUAUUCCUGAAGGGGUUGACUUACAAUCUGUUUCAGAUGCCUUGCAAUCAUCUUUUGGUGAUGGGACUAGACAAUCCCAAGAUUUCCAG